AUACUCUACGCUUGUUUCACCGCAGGUUGCCGCUACGAGGGCAGGCGGUACCAGGAAGGCGACACGGUCACGACGUCCGAGCCCUGCCUCCAGUGCAGCUGCCUCGAGGGCUCACUGCGCUGCCGGCUGCGGGUCUGUCCACGUCUGCCUCAGCCAGUGCCACCGGGAUGUCGCACUCGACCGCCGGCCGAGAACGUCUGCUGCUCCAAGCUCGUCUGUGGGCUUGUCGAAGGUACGUCUAUGUGUAUUCAUAUAUGGGCCGCGCUGGUGUUGCGAGCAGGAUGCCUUUACGAGGGCGUCCGGUACGGACCGGGCUCGGCGAUGAUGGGCUCGCGUCGCUGCGAGUACUGCUACUGCAUUUCCGGCGCGAGAAGAUGCAUCCGGCCCAAGUGUUUGCUCCCGCUGCCCGGAUGCGCGCCACUUUACGCGCCGCACUCCUGCUGCCCGGUCGCCUACAACUGCACACGUCUGAGCGAGUUCUCGACGACCCACGCCGCAACCUCGGGCAACGGCUGCCGGACCGGGCAGCGAGUCUACCAGGAGGGCGAGAUGGUGCGCGACAUUGCGCAGAAGGCGAGCUGCGAUAAUUGCUUCUGCGCCAUGGGCGAGAUACGCUGCGUGCCCCUUUCCUGCGCGCCGCCUCUACAGGGCUGCAAGCCGAUCGUCCGCGAGGGCCAGUGCUGCCCGUCCACCUACAACUGCAGUGGAACGAUAGAAGUGAAGGCGGCGCAGAAUUACGCUUCCUAUGCUUUCAUCAGUAAGGACUACGCUAAAUUUCGCAAGGAGACCAAUUUUUACCCUGCGAUUCACGACUCGGCGCUUGGCGCGAUCGUCGAGGGCCGAGGUCACCGGGUCGUAAACGAGAUCCUCGAAUCCGGCGAUGCUAGCAGCAGCAGCAGCAGCAGCAGCAGCAGCAGCAGCAGCAGUGGUCCGCUAGAAAUCAGCACUGAAAAGUUCGCCAUGGCAACCGAAUCAAUCCCGAUCCUCGAGACGGAAACGAUGAACAACGAGAUCCUGGGCGAGACGACGGAUUAUCCGAAGCACACGACGCGCGACCAGGAGCAACUCACCGCGACUAUUACCGAGUUCACGGAGAGCACGGACACGAGCAGCUUCGACCAGUCGACGAUCACCGCGCGAGAUUCGAUCGAUGAGACAACCGUCGAGGCAACUUCACUCCCCAACCCGACGCUCUAUCUUCGGGAAGUCAGUACGACGCUCGAGGAUACUUGGACGGAGACGACGAGGCUGGCGUCGACCCUGCUACCGACGACGAGCGGUGGUGGCGACGACACGUCCGCCGUGGACGAGAACGCCAGCGUAACCACCGCAGCCGCUGCCGCUAUCACCACCACCACCACUACCACAGCCAGCUCUAGCAGCGUCACCGCGAUAAGAGAAGUGCCAGAGUCGAGCUCCAUUAUCGCUACUGCCGCUUCCACUAGCAAGCCGAGGGAGAACUGCGUUAGGCACGGGCCAGGUCUCGAGAGCACUUCCACCGACAAAGAGACGACGAUGUCCAUAAAUCUGAAGGCGAACACGACGACAACGACGAUUACGAAUACGGCGUCUACGACCACGACUUCCACCAGUCCGACUCCGACGACCACGAAGCCAACUACACCGCUGGCGACGACGACGACGACGACAAAGAGCACGACGGCAGCGAGCCAAUCCAAACCCGCAGUGGAAAAAGCCGGGGACAAGCAGAAGCCGGACGUGGACAAAGCAGCGGUCCAAGCAGCCCAGAAGAAAGUCGACGCGGCACCGGAGGACGAGCAGAAGAUUCAGCGUCCGAUAGCGGUGAAGAAACCGUCGAGUGGCUUGUCGACCUCCGUUAUCGUGCCCGACGACAUGCUCGUGAUGAACGUCACCGUCAAGACGAACGUCGCCGUCGAGCACAUACACGGCGUCACGAUAAACCCGAUCGGCAAGCCGGAUAUCGUCGAGGCGAUACUCAACAUCACCAACCGAGACAAGGGAGAUGACUACGAACUAGAUUACAGCCAGCCGACUCUGCCGCCGUCCCUUCCCGGCGUUAGAAUAAUUCCCUUCGUUGCCGCGGACGCUCUGGUGAAGGACAAGGACGAGAGCGCAGUGGGGAUCUCGGGAGCAGUGACCGGAUAUCCGCCGAGAGUCGGAGUCGCGGUGCCGCCGCCGUUGCCGCCGGAACUCAGCCGCACCGACGCUGCCAAUUUCUACGACAUUGUCACGCAGGAGAACCGAUUCAGCCCGCCCAAGAAAACGGAAGGAGGUUUCGUACCGAAGGAUCCGACCUACUUCGAUCCGCUCUUCCAUCCGUCGAGCAUAAAUUUGGAAAUCGGCACUGGGGUCACCGUCGCGCCGGAUGUCCAUCCAGUUCCAAAUCCUCAUCGAAAAACAGAUGGGCUGCCCCACAACUGUCUGUACGAGGAGCGAGAGUACGAUCACGGACAAGUCUUACCUAGCAGAGCACUUUGCGUGAUUUGCAUAUGCUACUACGGAGAAGUCGUCUGCUCGGACAGAAAGUGCCCGCCCCUGAAGAUAGGCUGUAAACGAGUUAGCGACCCCAACGACAAGUGCUGCAGCAAAGUAGUCUGUGUGAACGGGCUCGAAUCGCCAACCGUCGUCCUAUCCGGCGAGAUGUUCCAGCACGAGCCAACGGUCUCGCCGGAUCCCUUCCGCGACGUGAUAAAAACCGAGCCAGCGCCGGAUCUGCCAUCGCUGAUCGGAGCCAUGAUGCCGUAUCUCGUGGAGCACAGCCUAACGACUCCAGCCAGUCCCGUCGGUAUCAACCGCAAGCCCGGCGUCCCGCUCGACUUCGACGACUACAUUGGCCCUUCGCGCAACGACACUAACGCUCACCUUCUGCAACCCUCGUCUGCGUCGUCCUCGCUGCUGCAGCAUCAGCCCGAUUUGAAUGUCGUUAGGGAGCGUAAUUCCAGUAGCUCCAGCAUCGCCGACAAAAUCUCGCUCACGAACCCGCCCGAUCUAGAUCUGGACCCGAUCGUCAUUACGGAGCAGACUCCCGGCAAGCCGAACGAGGCCGACGUCCCGUCGAUCUUCUCCGGCGUGUUGGAUCUGUUUUUCAACGAGCCCAGCAGCACGACCAUUACCUCGAUCACCACCGGCAGCAGCGAGUUCGCCGAGGCUGCGACAAAGGCUCCACCGACCACGAGCGAGAGUCCGACAACGCGAUCGGCCACGAGCGAGUCCAGUUUGAGCAGUGCGUCCAGCUCUAGUACCGCCGACUCUCCGAGCGAGAAGGACUCGAUGAGCGCGGAGAAAGACUCGGGAGCGAACAGCGGUCUGCUCAAGCUCGCGGGCUGCAACAUCUACGGGCGCAUGUAUCGCGUGGGUAUGAUAAUCAGCGAACUGUCGGGGGCGUGUAGCGAGUGCAGGUGCACCGAGCACGGCGUCGAGUGCAAGAACCUCGGCUGUUGAUGAGCUGAGCUGUGCCGCUGUUGGGGCUUUCGUAUGAGAGAUAGCGACUGCUGUCGACUUGAUUCGCGGUUUCGAAGCUCGCUGAGGAGAAGUAGGCGCCGGGAAGGACAGAAGAAGGAUUUAGGGGGAAAAACGAGAGCAGACUAUGGAAAGUUUCGGUCGAGAGAAUCGGCUUACGCGGCUGCUUUCAGAAGGAACAUUAUAAUUAACAGAUUUCAGAGUCGCGCGUUCGAAACACAACAAUGUGGUGAAGUAAGUCGACGUGAUUGGAUUCCGCUGACAUCGUCGUCAAGUUUUCAGUAGCGCGAGUCAACGAACGAUCGGACGUCGGUUGCGAAAGCGCGGAGAGGAGAGUGCGAACGUCGCGGCUAACGGCAGGAGUUCGGGAACACGAGACAGUGGAAGACGUUAUUAAGAAGGAUUUAUACUCGUUUUAAGACUGAUGAACUUUUGCUCUUAGGAUAAAAGAGAGGGUGGGGAGCCUCUUGAGCGCAAUUCUUGAAGUUGCGACGGAGAAAUCGAGUUUCGGUAUUUAACGAUGUUACGUUGCUCGUUAAUAGUUUUGGAAAUUCUUUCGAGUGGCGCAGUUAUUCGGGAACAUGGUUAACGAUGAUCGAGUUAAACGUACACGCUUUAUACGAGCUCGAUACGUGCAAGAGCCUCGCAGAGUGCUCGCGCUUUGAUACAUAUUUAUUUGAAGAAUUUAAUAUAUUCAUAUGUUAUAGUCAUAUACUUCUAUCCAUCCACAGCUUAUUGUAUAUUCAUCGCUUUAUAUCGUCUCAUUAACAGCAAACAUUUUCCAUUAACUUCAUUUUCACGAAAACACAGAAUCGAAUACGUUAUUACGAAUAUAGGUUUUCAAUUAAUUAGUUAUUAUUAGGUAUGUAUUGUAACGAUCAAAUUAUAAACCGACAUAAAGGAUCUCAAUAGUACAUGAUUUCACCAAAUUAAACGAAUGAUUUUUUCAACAUAUUACCUACAGCAGUUACAUGUUUCGUAAUCAGCCGAAUCGAAAUUUUAAUUACACCCCCUUCCAUCAGAAUCCUGUUAAAGUUUAUCGUAUGUUGUAUGCUUUAGUCAUAUGCGCAAUUAUGUAUAUGUAUAAGCUUCGAAUCCCAUUAAAGAACAAACAGUAUACAUUUGUAUUUCUAAUUGAGUAUGCAGCUUUGUCGAUUCUAAUAAUGUUACAUGACAGCGAGUCGACGAACAGGGCUCAAUCGCGCUGAAGGUAUAAGCGGUGCUGGUUUUGCGCUAUAUCCGCGUAAAAAUAUGUCGCGCCACAUUGCAGAGUAUAAGGGCGGCUUUAAACUUCCAUUAACGAAAUUUAGUUGUCGCGCGACGUGUACGCGGAGAUUAUGGCAGCUCGGCGGAGCGCCUAGAGAGAAUAAAGACUUAAACGCAGAAUAAAGACAAUAGCCGUAAGACGUAUAUAAGCCGCAUGCCGCAUAGAGGCUUGUAUAUAAUAAUAACGUGCCACGUUUAAUAAAGGUCCGCAAUGUUUCCUUCUCUC